CCUUUUUUGACUCGCUACUGGCAAGACAGCCCCAGCCCUGUCUUCCUCUGCCUUAAAGGGGAAUUGCCUUUUUUUUAAUACAUAGGAAAAAAUGCCGUUUCAAAUAUAGUUACAAGGGGCGAGAGCUCCUUUAGAGUCCUUUUUCUUAUAUUUAAAAAUGGUGUGAUUGUCUCCACCUGGCAUGCCUAUGAAAAAAGGGAUCUGGGCCAUUAUUUUAUACAAGCAAGGGAUUUUUUUUUAAUGCCACCCAUGUUGUGGAUCCGUAUUUUCAACAGGGAAUGUGGUAGUUUCACUGCUGUCCUGGUCAUUCAGGAUGGGCCGAGAUGCUUCUUAAAUUGCACUUUAAAAACAUGCUGUGAAACUCACUUUGCAUUUGAUUUAAGGGGUUUUCUUUCCCCCUCGGUUAUUUUUAAGUAGACUUCCUCCGAGUCCCAGUUCUGCUCCGGCGUUCGAGCUUCGAUCAAUUUCAAGUGCAAACCACACACACGUUUAGCACUGCGCAUUGUACAAUGGGGCGAUUAUUUUGUGCACUCUCCCUGCGAGCGGCUCGCUGCGUGCCAUUUGAACUCUCCGAGCCAGUCUCAACAGCCGCUAGCAACUGAGUGGCGAAAUCACUUGUUUCCGAGAAUACUUGCGGGUUUCGUGUCGUGCAUUUGCAAGGAGAAUUUUUCGGUGAACGCGUGGCUAUAUCAUUCGCAUCUCCUGUUGUGUCAUUAAAAAAAAAAAAACUAGGAGGGGAAGGAACAAAAUGCAAAGGGCUUCGGGAAUCAAUUUAACCAGCAUCAGCUGGCUAGGAGGCCAGAAAUGGGCCGGGGUUAGAAGACUCAAAGUCCAAGGGCAAUUAUCAAGCUUGCAAAUGUUGCUUUAAAAGAAGAGGAAAAUUUGGAGAUGAGCUGGUCAUUUCCCACCCCCUUAAAUAUCCUGAUUCUGAUCCACGCUGACCCUUAAAGAAAUCUUUAUCCAGCAGCUUAGUGUGACUGCAGUUCAACUACGUUGUCAGCCCUUCUCCUAUCUCUAUAUUCAAUAAAAAAAAUCUAUCACCCCUGCGGGAUGCAAUAAUAAGUCUCAUAUUUCUCCCCAAGAGUUAAAGGCUCCAGAGUUGAUUCCCAAGCAGCUGAAGUUGAGUCGCUCCCAGAGGUGGGAGAUUCAGCGAAGGAAGCUCGUAACAUGGCGGAUACCGAGGAAGGCUUUGGGCUUCCAAACACGCCAGUGGAUUCGGAGUCGAAAGAGCUUCAGUCUGAAACCAAGCAAGACAGUCAACUCGGGGCCAGCAGCAAGUCGCCUUCCUCUCCCCAAGCAGCUUUUACACAGCAGGGCAUGGAAGGGAUCAAGGUGUUUUUGCACGAGCGAGAACUAUGGCUAAAAUUUCACGAAGUGGGGACCGAAAUGAUUAUAACCAAAGCUGGAAGGCGUAUGUUCCCCAGUUACAAAGUGAAGGUCACUGGACUCAAUCCAAAAACUAAGUACAUACUGCUGAUGGAUAUUGUACCAGCUGAUGACCACAGAUACAAAUUCGCAGAUAAUAAAUGGUCAGUGACAGGGAAGGCAGAGCCUGCCAUGCCAGGCAGACUGUACGUCCACCCAGAUUCACCAGCCACCGGGGCUCACUGGAUGAGACAGUUGGUUUCUUUCCAAAAACUCAAGCUCACCAACAACCACCUUGACCCAUUCGGACAUAUCAUCCUGAACUCCAUGCACAAAUACCAGCCCCGGCUCCACAUCGUGAAGGCGGACGAGAACAACGGGUUCGGCUCCAAAAACACGGCCUUCUGCACCCACGUCUUCCCCGAGACCGCCUUCAUCGCCGUGACCUCCUACCAGAAUCACAAGAUCACCCAGCUAAAGAUUGAAAACAAUCCUUUUGCUAAAGGCUUUCGAGGCAGUGAUGAUAUGGAGCUGCACAGAAUGUCACGAAUGCAAAGCAAAGAGUAUCCUGUGGUUCCUAGGAGCACGGUGAGACAAAAAGUGUCUUCUAACCACAGCCCUUUUAGUGGUGAGACCAGAGUUCUUUCCACCUCCUCCAACCUCAGCUCCCAGUACCAGUGUGAGAAUGGGGUCUCCAGCACCUCCCAGGACCUGCUACCACCUGCCAACCCAUACCCCAUCUCCCAGGAGCACAGUCAAAUCUACCACUGUACCAAGAGAAAAGCAGAUGAGGAAUGUUCCACCACUGAGCAUCCAUACAAGAAACCCUACAUGGAAACCUCACCAGCAGAAGAGGAUCCCUUCUACAGGUCCAGUUACUCCCAACAGCAAGGACUGAAUACCUCAUACAGGACUGAAUCUGCCCAGCGCCAAGCUUGUAUGUAUGCCAGCUCCGCUCCCCCAACGGACCCCGUGCCCAGCCUAGAGGACAUCAGUUGUAACACAUGGCCCACCGUGCCAUCUUACAGCAGCUGCACAGUGACUGCCAUGCAGCCUAUGGACAGGUUACCAUACCAGCAUUUUUCUGCCCAUUUCACCUCUGGUCCUCUGAUGCCCCGUCUCACCGGUGUGGCCAAUCACACAUCACCACAAAUAGGGGACACACAUAGCAUGUUUCAGCACCAAACAUCUGUUUCUCACCAGCCCAUUGUCCGGCAGUGUGGACCUCAAACUGGCAUCCAGUCUCCCCCAAGCAGCUUACAGCCAGCAGAAUUCCUUUAUUCCCAUGGGGUGCCUAGAACCCUUUCACCCCACCAGUACCAUUCUGUUCAUGGGGUGGGCAUGGUGCCAGAGUGGAGUGAGAACAGCUAACAAGGAAAUAAGGGAAAUGCAAGAAAACAAGCCCUGAAAAAUUGAAAACCAACGUAUUAAAGCAAAAUGAAUAUUUUGCAAGACUCCUUUAACUGAAUGUUCACCAUUAGCACUCCAGAGAUGGACACUGAUCUGAUGAGCUGUUUGAAACCACAGAUUAAAUAGUAAUCAACCUCAUUGUGACUUUUUUCUUUUAUUUUGUUGCUAAGAAAAUCAACAAAAACGCACUUCCCCCACACCCCACUCCCCAGCCCUCCCUAGACACAUGCACACAAAAUUUGUUACUGCCACAAAAACUUGUGCUCUCAUUUCUUCUGUUCUUCUUGCUUUCAAGUGAAGACACAAUUCCUGAUGCCUUUUUCAACACAAUAAGAGUGCUUGACUGAAAACAACUAGGAUGUUCCUUUUUUGUGGUGUUGAUGUUAACAUUGUUAUAAAAUAAAUAAUAUAUAUAUAUUUUUUCUUGCGAUUCUCUUGAAAAGACACUGUCCCUUUUCACAGAGACAUAACAAGAUGGAUUUCAGAGGUGGGCACUGCUUUACUUAUUAUUUUUUUAAACAACAAAUAUUAUAUUCCCUCAAAUAAGAAGACCUACCUCAGUUAUGGGUUGCUCCAUAAUUGAAAUUAGUUGCUGCAUUACAUGAUCCAUUUUAUGUGCAACACGUGCCUGAAAUGAGUAUCUAAAGGAAUGGGCCUUGUAAAAUACUGUAUUUUCUUGCAUACAACAUGCCCUGGAAUAUAUAAUAUGCACCUUGUUUUUGAAAGGGAGAAUGAAGAAAAAAGAUCUUUCUUUGUAAUAACUACCUGAGUAGCAGCAGCUGGGGAGCUGAGCCUGCUCCUUGUUCUGCUCCCUGUUGAUUGAUGCAAUUUUACUUUUGGUAUCACCUGGCAAGCUGCCCAGAGACAACUGGAAAUCGCGUUUACCAUAUUUAUUGCUUAUAAUAUGCAUUUCAAUGUCCAGCAGUUGCGUGUUGCAUUUAAGACAAUAUGGUUAUUUCCUUGCCACACUGGGCACUGCAUUUCUCUCUUUUUCCUUCCUGCCUAUCUCUCCUCUUCUUCAAUUUAUUUUCUUUUAGGCAAUUCAAGCUUCUGGGGUACCUUUAAAACAGUGUUUCUGAACCUUUUUAGACUCAAGGCACCCCUUAGACAAUGCAGCUCUUAGUUUUCACUUAUUUUUUGACUAUAGAAAAAUAAUAGUGUGAUUCUUCUCUUGCAAAAAACUCAGAAAAAUCACAGCAGGUCAGAAUAUUUUUAAGACUGCAAAUUCCUAUUUGAAAUCUCUGGAUUUAUCUUGUGCUGCACACAUAACAAUGUUAACAUUGUGUGUCAACCUAUGGCACCAUUGGCAGACUCUCAAGGCACUCCAGAGUGCCAUGGUACCCUGGUUGAGAAUCACUGCUUUAAAGCCUGAAAGUUGCCAGAUUGGUCACCUACCAAACUCUUAAAAGACUACAGGAAAACAAAGUCCUUGAACCAAUGGGGGAGGGAGCGGUGUGCAGACAGCAAAAACAAAAUCCCGUGUUCUUAAAGAAUGUUGAACACAUUUAUUUGUAAAAUCAGCUCUCUCUCUUCAUUUUUUAUUCCUCUUCCUCUAUAAAAAAGAAAGAAAAUAGAAUCCUCUUUCAUAUAUGAGAUGUUAAAUGCAUUGUGUUUAAAAAGUACAGGAAAUAGUAGCAGGAGGGGAAGAGAAAAAAAUGUGUGCAAGUAACAAACUUCUUUUGCAGGGUUUUUUCAGAUGUAAUAAUUUACUGGUACUAUUUAUUUAUAAAAUAGGAAUUCUAAUAAGUAAUAACACACAAUAAAACCAGCAGAGUAGCUGGUUGAGAGCGUUUUAUUUUAUUGAUGCUCAAAGUCAAGUUUGGUUCCUUUUUUUCUUUUCUUUUUUCCCUACUCCAAACUGUGUGAGUAUGUGUGUGAGUGUGAGUGUGUGUAUGCGCACACACAUACACACGGCAAAUACACACACACUUUUAAUGGAAGGUGACCCUCCAUUAAGAAAACAGGGUAUAUGUGAGUGUGAAGAAUGAGAAUGUGAAUAUGUAUGAAUGUUGGGGUGUAUGUGAAAGCGAUUACAGAAAUACCUAACUAUUCUUUCCAUAUUCUUGUGUGCCAAUUUAUGUUUAAUAAAUACCACAUGCUAUGAAGUACAAGGUA